AUCAACAUCCAAACACACAGCGCACAGCUUUCACAUCUCCCUAUAACAGGAAAGACCGGUCUGGACUAUCAUGGGCAACGUUCAGCCCACCAUAGUCCCAUAUGAGGACUUUGAUGUUACAGCUGAUAUCAAGGCUAUAAGAAAAGCAUGUAAAGGUUUAGGAACAGAUGAGGAGGCCAUCAUUCAGAUCCUGGCCAAUCGCUCUGCUGCUCAACGCGUGGAGAUCAAACAGGCUUACUUUGAAAAGUAUGACGAUGAGUUGGAGGAAGUCCUGAAGAAGGAGUUGAGCGGCAGUUUUGAGAAUGCCACCAUGGCCAUGUUGGACCCUCCUCGUAUUUACUUUGCCAAGGAGCUGAGGAAGGCCAUGAAGGGGGCAGGCACAGACGAAGCUGUGCUGGUCGAGAUUCUGUGCACAGCUACCAACCAGGACAUCCUGAGCUACAAGGAGGCAUAUGUCCAGGUGCAUGAGCGUGACCUGGAGGCAGACAUUGAGGGUGACACCAGUGGAGACGUGAGGAACCUGUUGAUCUCACUGCUGCAGGCGAGCAGAGACGAGGGCUUUGAGGUGGAUGAGGGUUUAGCCGAACAGGAUGCUACAUCUUUGUUUGAGGCGGGAGAAGGCAGGUUUGGCACAGAUGAAUCAACCUUCACCUUUAUCCUCACACACAGGAACUACAUGCAGCUUCAGGCCACCUUUAAGUUCUACGAGUCGCUUUCAGGAACAGACAUUUUGGACACUAUUGACUCUGAGGCCACAGGAACUCUCAAGGACUGCUACAUCACUCUGGUAAGGUGUGCUAAGAACCCCCAGCUCUACUUUGCCCGACGCCUUAACGCUGCUAUGAAGGGAGCAGGCACUGAUGAGGAAACACUCAUUCGCAUCAUCGUUGGUCGCUCUGAGAUCGACCUGGACACAGUGAAGGACAUGUACCUGGAGAAGUACGAUGUUACCCUGAAAGAUGCCCUGGAUUCUGAGUGUGGUGGAGACUUCAAACGCCUCCUCAUUGAGAUCCUGCACUAAAACUUCUCACUGUCCUCCUACUGGCCUCAUUUAAUGGUUUCAUCCUGUCUCUCCUCUUUACCUGCUCAUCCCUCCUUCUCUGUCCUUGUCUGUUUACUCUGUACAUCAAUUUCACUCAUUCACAGUGUGGACUUACGACCUUUCUUAUAUUCUAAAUCACUUAUCUCUCUCACUUUUACAGAUACCUCUCUGCAGCAUUGACCAAAAAUCAACUCAUUGUUAUACAGUGUUUGUAAACAUUUAUUGUCUUCACAAACACAUAUUAUCUGUUUAAUAAUAUGGCAGCAUUGUGGAUAUGGAGCUUGUGCAACUGAGCAUCAUGCUAAUGUAUUAAUCCACAUAGUUAGUCUUAGUCCAGUUCUUUAUUCACAAUCAGCAGCUUUACUGUGUCUUUGUAUUUUCUAAAUAUAUGUAAUCCACCAUUUCAAGCUGAUCCCAAAACUAUAAACAUAACUUAAAAUGUAUGUACCCUCAUUUGCCACUUUUAGCAUCUUUUUGAUUCAUCAUCCUCGUCAUCGUCACUUCUUUUUGCCUCUAAGAUGCCUUUCUGAAGAUAAUAGUGAUGCAAUUUCCUUUCUGCUGCAACACUCAACACUCAAGUGCCGAAUUAUCACAUUUGAUCUCUAAUAUCUGAAUGCACCAGAUGAUUAAUUACACCUGGAGAUAUUUUUACCCUGAUGUUAAAGGCCUAACAUGGUGAUAUUUGUAGUCACAUCCCAAAAUGCUAUGUGGGAUUUUUAACUGUUUGUAGUUUGAUUUUUCAUCACAGCUAACAAGCCUCCUUGUUCUCACAUUUACACAACAAAACUGACUUUUUCCUGUUGUCACUCAGUUACUACAUUUACUACAUUUACAAUCAAUGUAAAACUUCAGCCACUGUGCAUUUAAGAUGAUUAGAUGAUGAUAACG